GGGAGGGGAGGUGGCGGUGGCAGCCAUGUUGUUGUGAGUCUCUGUGUCUCACCCUCGAUACUUCGGAGGUUCGGAGGAGGAGUGGGAGGAGGAGAAGGAGGAGGUGGGGUGGGGGGGAGGGAGGUAGGUGGAGAAAGAAGACAUUGCCGCCACCGAAGGCGGAAGAGGGGGAGGACGGCCACGAGCGACGCCGCCGUGUGCCCAACGGUCGGUGUCCCCGGCUGAGGCAGCGCGGCCGCAGCAGCCCCGUUUGAUCUGUGGAUGAAAUGAAUCAUGAUUUUCAAGCUCUUGCAUUAGAAUCUCGGGGAAUGGGAGAGCUUUUGCCUACCAAAAAGUUUUGGGAACCUGAUGAUUCAACAAAAGAUGGACAAAAAAGCAUAUUUCUUGGGGAUGAUGAAUGGAGAGAGACUGCAUGGGGAACUUCUCACCAUUCAAUGUCCCAGCCUAUUAUGGUACAGAGAAGAUCUGGACAGGGUUUUCAUGGCAACAGUGAAGUAAAUGCAAUACUGUCUCCUCGAUCCGAAAGUGGAGGCCUUGGUGUGAGCAUGGUAGAAUAUGUAUUAAGUUCUUCUCCUGCUGAUAAAUUGGAUUCUCGAUUUAGGAAGGGAACUUUUGGCAGUAGAGAUGCUGAAACAGAUGGACCUGAGAAAGGAGAUCAAAAAGGCAAGGCUUCUCCGUUUGAGGAGGACCAAAACAGAGAUCUUAAACAAGGAGAUGAUGAUGAUUCUAAAAUAAAUGGCAGAGGUUUGCCAAAUGGAAUGGAUGCCGAUUGCAAAGAUUUUAAUCGUACUCCUGGAAGUCGUCAAGCCUCUCCAACUGAAGUAGUUGAGCGCCUGGGCCCCAGUACUAAUCCCCCAGAAGGACUGGGGCCUCUUCCUAAUCCUACAACUAAUAAACCACUUGUUGAAGAAUUUUCAAAUCCUGAAACUCAGAAUCUGGAUGCCAUGGAACAAGUUGGUCUGGAUUCCUUACAGUUUGACUAUCCUGGUAAUCAGGUACCAAUGGACUCUUCAGGAGCUACUGUAGGCCUUUUUGACUACAGUUCUCAGCAGCAGCUCUUUCAGAGGACUAAUGCUCUAACAGUUCAGCAGUUAACUGCAGCUCAACAGCAGCAAUAUGCAUUAGCAGCAGCUCAGCAACCACAUAUAGCUGGUGUAUUCUCAGCAGGCCUUGCUCCAGCUGCAUUUGUGCCAAAUCCAUAUAUUAUUAGUGCUGCUCCUCCAGGGACCGAUCCGUAUACUGCAGCGGGAUUGGCUGCAGCAGCCACAUUAGCAGGUCCAGCGGUGGUUCCACCUCAGUAUUACGGAGUUCCAUGGGGGGUGUAUCCAGCCAAUUUAUUUCAGCAACAAGCUGCCGCUGCGGCAAACAGCACAGCCAAUCAGCAAGCAGCAUCACAAGCUCAGCCUGGACAGCAACAGGUUCUUCGUGCUGGAGCUGGUCAGCGUCCUCUUACUCCCAGUCAGGGUCAGCAGGGGCAGCAAGCAGAAUCCCUUGCAGCAGCUGCAGCUGCAAAUCCAACUUUGGCUUUUGGUCAGGGUCUUGCUACUGGCAUGCCAGGCUAUCAAGUACUGGCCCCAACUGCCUAUUAUGAUCAGACUGGUGCCUUAGUGGUUGGCCCUGGAGCGAGAACUGGCCUUGGCGCUCCAGUUCGAUUAAUGGCUCCAACACCUGUUUUAAUUAGUUCAGCAGCAGCACAAGCUGCAGCGGCAGCAGCGGCUGGAGGAACUGCAAAUAGUCUUACAGGCAGCACAAAUGGUCUGUUUCGGCCAAUUGGCACUCAGCCACCACAGCAGCAGCAGCAGCAGCAGCCAAGCACUAAUCUGCAAUCUAAUUCAUUUUAUGGGGGCAGCUCUUUGACUAAUAGCUCCCAGAGCAGUUCUUUAUUUUCUCAUGGACCUGGUCAGCCUGGAAGUACAUCUCUUGGCUUUGGAAGUGGUAGUUCUUUGGGUGCUGCCAUAGGCUCAGCCCUCAGUGGAUUUGGUUCAUCAGUUGGCAGUUCUGCAAGUAGUAGUGCCACAAGGAGAGAGUCUCUAUCUACUAGCUCUGACUUGUACAAAAGAUCUAGUAGCAGCCUAGCACCCAUAGGGCAACCAUUUUACAAUAGUCUGGGAUUUUCCUCCUCUCCAAGUCCAAUAGGCAUGCCUCUGCCAAGCCAAACUCCAGGACAUUCACUUACGCCACCGCCAUCACUUUCAUCACAUGGAUCCUCAUCCAGUUUGCAUUUAGGAGGACUGACAAAUGGUAGUGGUCGAUAUAUCUCUGCAGCACCUGGAGCAGAAGCAAAAUACCGAAGUGCUUCAAGCACUUCAAGUCUAUUUAGCUCCAGCAGCCAGCUCUUUCCUCCUUCUCGGCUUCGGUAUAAUAGGUCUGAUAUUAUGCCUUCUGGCCGCAGUAGAUUAUUGGAAGAUUUCAGAAACAACCGCUUCCCAAACCUUCAACUUAGAGACUUGAUUGGACAUAUAGUUGAGUUUUCUCAAGACCAGCAUGGUUCUAGAUUCAUACAGCAAAAGUUAGAGAGAGCUACUCCAGCUGAGCGACAAAUGGUAUUUAAUGAAAUUCUACAAGCAGCCUAUCAAUUAAUGACAGAUGUUUUUGGCAACUAUGUUAUACAGAAGUUUUUUGAGUUUGGGAGUUUGGAUCAAAAGUUAGCCCUGGCAACUCGUAUUCGCGGUCAUGUUCUACCUUUAGCCUUGCAGAUGUAUGGCUGCCGUGUUAUUCAGAAAGCACUAGAGUCUAUUUCAUCUGACCAGCAGGUAAUUAGUGAAAUGGUAAAGGAGUUAGAUGGUCAUGUACUCAAGUGUGUGAAAGAUCAGAAUGGAAAUCAUGUUGUACAAAAAUGUAUUGAAUGUGUUCAGCCACAGUCACUGCAGUUCAUCAUUGAUGCUUUCAAAGGACAAGUAUUUGUGCUUUCAACUCAUCCUUAUGGCUGCAGAGUAAUUCAGCGCAUUCUAGAACAUUGUACUGCAGAACAGACCUUACCUAUCUUAGAAGAACUUCACCAACAUACAGAGCAGUUGGUACAGGAUCAGUAUGGCAAUUAUGUUAUUCAGCAUGUACUGGAACAUGGUCGACCUGAAGACAAAAGUAAAAUUGUUUCUGAAAUCAGGGGAAAGGUCUUAGCCCUGAGUCAACACAAAUUUGCCAGCAAUGUAGUAGAAAAGUGUGUUACUCAUGCCUCCCGUGCUGAGAGAGCUUUACUGAUUGAUGAAGUUUGCUGUCAGAAUGAUGGUCCUCACAGUGCCUUAUACACCAUGAUGAAGGACCAGUAUGCCAAUUACGUGGUUCAAAAGAUGAUUGAUAUGGCUGAACCGGCUCAGAGAAAAAUAAUCAUGCACAAGAUUCGGCCUCACAUUGCUACUUUGCGCAAAUAUACGUAUGGGAAGCAUAUACUGGCAAAGUUGGAAAAAUAUUAUUUGAAAAAUAGCCCAGAUCUAGGACCCAUUGGAGGACCACCAAAUGGAAUGCUGUAAAGGAACAAGAGAAACAAGAUGAUGUAACCAUGUGAAAAGAACGUGUUUUGGGAUUUUUUUCUUCUUUUUCUUUUCCUUUUUUUCUUUUCCUUUUUUUUUUUUUUUUUUUGGUGAAUUAUCAAAACACAACUAUGAAUCGUCAAAUUUUUUUUAAAGCAAAACUAUUUAUUGACUUUAUUCAUCCAUUUGUAAAUUUUUUAAGGUUCUUGUGUAUAUUUGGGGGGUGGGGGUGGUGAAUGAUAAAUUAUAUUCAGCCCUAAGUGGAGACCUAUCAGAUUGGAUUGCUGGCAAAGCACAGAAUGCCUGUAUAUGAUGUAACUGUAUCAAAAAAAAAAAAAAAAGCUGUCACAUAUUUUGUAAAUUUUUACCUUGUAAAGUCAUAAAAAUAGUUUUUAAAGGAAAAAGUACAGUAUUCUUUUAAUAAACUGGCUUGCAGUCUGGUAGGUCUACAACCCCAUAGCACAACAGGUUUAUAGAAAUGUAUAUAGAAUUAUAGUCCUUAUUUUGUUUUCCUUUGUGUGACGCCUUUUAUAACAGAUUAACAAUUAACUGCAUAAAUAUUAUUAAUAUUUUAAAAAGAAAGUUAAGUUGUAUUUUGGUAAUUCACAAACUAUCAUGCAAAUAAAAAUGCAGCAAGUACGACAAGAAUAAAAUGAUUUAAGAUGAAAAGAACUUAACAUAAUUUACAGUGGGUGUCAUUUUAAUACAAAUACUGCCCUAAAAUGUCUCUGGCAAUGUACAGAAAUAUUGUAUAUACUUACAUAUGUAAUUGUAAGAGUUAGAGAAAACAAAAUCAUGGUGACACUUCCAUCCAGAUAAGUGCACUAAAUGAAAAAGUUAAGUCAUGUAUUAACUUUUCAGUUGGUUUGCAAUGAGAAAGAGUGGAAAUUUGUAUUUUGUUUUGCUUAUAGAAUUACAAAGACAUAUUGAGGAAGUGUUGAGCUUUAUUUUGCUUUUUCAUAGUAGAUGCAAAAAGUAGGAACCAGAUAGAGGUGAAAAGGGGCCACUGAAAAGUGAAUUUGAUAGCUCAACAUUAAGCAUGAUUACAUACUCAGUUGUUUUUUUUUUUUUGCUUUCUAUAAAUAUAUGCAUUGUGUGUGUAGUAAUAGGUGUAAGUUUACACUUUGAAAGCAAAUCUUGUUUCAAUGUUUAUUAUAAAAAGCCUUGCUAAUUUAGUAGUGACACCUUCUUGGUUGUACAGGUGUACAUUUGUAAACCUUCAUGCUGUAAAUGGAAUUCGUUUUAUCUCUUUGGAAACAUUUGCAUUUUAGUGUACAUUUAUGUCCUUGCCCUCUUUGACCUGGCAAUAUAGUGUUGUAUAAUGUAAAUUUAUUUCUCCAAAUUGAGAGUGAUUUUUUAAAAAUUUUUUAUCUUUAUAUGGUUUCAGAAGUAUGAACCAGCUUUCUUUCUAUUAUUGUGAGAAACAUUUUGUUUUAUAACAUAGUUGUAGACUCUGUUAAUACGGACAUGCUAGGAUUUGGAUCACUUUCAACUGAAGUCAGGGUAUUGUGCAUAAUAGAAAGUAUUGGACUGAGAUAUUUGGUUACCAAUGGAGGCCAAUGCUUUUUCCAUCUUAUUAAAUGUGAUGUGACUUUUUUCUUUGUACAGAAGAGUACUGUAUUUUUGAAUAGCCUACUCCCAAGUAAGAGCAAAUCUGUAUGAUACCAUUUUUUUCUCUGGACAUAAGACAUUAUAACAGUAACAUGAUGUACAUUUACAAGCGGCCUUAUGUACAUUUCCCAACAAUCUUUUUAAGGCAAAAUUGUGACCAUAUGUGUAUAAUUAAAAUCGUUUUUAAUCCUUUGCCUAUGAAAAUAUUUUGGAAAAACUUGCUGUGUAUAUUCAGUUUCUGAAAGAUAAAGAAAGUGCUUUGUAUUUUGUUGAAGUCAGUAUUUUGUAUAAACAUUUUUGUUAACCCACUUACGUUUAGUGCUGAAAACUAAAUGAACAUGCUGUCAGUUGAACAUGGAAGGGGAUUCUUUUACUAGAGGUCUGCAGAAGAAAAGCAAUCUUCUGAGCACAAUAUUGAAUAUAAAGGUUUUAUCACUUAGCUGUUCAUAUCAUGAACCUAAAAAUAAUGACAUAAAGUUUGGGGUGCCAGGCAUACUUUUUCAUGUUUGAUGUUGAGUUAUUCUAGUUUUCUAACCCAACAUUCCUUGGUGAGGUCAUUAAAUCCAACCACCUGUCACUAUUCCUUCUUAGAGCCAUGCUGGUUCAUCAGCAUGACUGGUGAAACUGUGCUUUUUUUUUUUUUUUCUUAAAGUCACACAAAGCUGCUCUUUCACUCUUUCCUACUUUGUUUGCCAGCCUUAGAGUGUCUUGGUCCCUUGUCCAAAUUUUGUUUCUAAUAUCAGCCCGUGGUUUCAGGAUCAAAGCUGUCUUUGUCGUAGAUUGGUAAUGACUGUCCCAUCUUUGUCCAUUGAAUUCCUAGUCUUCCUUCUUUCUUGCCUUCUGUCGGCACAAGCAAUUAUCUCUCCAAAUUUAGAAAAUGGUGAGACCUAGAAAGUAAUGCACUAGGAAACUGAACCCUCUUGUUGGGGUCCUGAUUUUUCCAUGUGUCCCAAUGCUGACAACUCAAUCUUCCCAGUAUGUUCUUACAGAAAUGUUACGGUCUGCCAUUUUUGGUACCCACCCUAAAUCUACCUUUUCCUAAGUUAGCAUGAAAUGUUGGUAAAAUCUGAAAUGACAUUUCAGAAUAAACGCAUUUAAUUGGGCAAAAACACCUAGGCUUUACUCUCGAGUGUCUCCUUUUGAUAUGGAUUGUUUCUGGACCAGUUUGUCUUAAGUCCUGGCUCUUAUUGGUUCAUAUGAAAUAAUGUUAACUUCACUUCUUUGUAUAUUAUGUAUAAAUUAGAAAAUGAAAAAAUGUGUGAAUAACAUUGUAUGAAAUAAACCUGGUCUUGUGUUUUUCUCUAGAUAAAAUACCCUUCUGUACCUCAA